AUGGCCGCCGUCACGCCGCCGCCGCAGUCGGACACGCCGCCUAAGACGGGGCGCCCGGCCUCGUCCGCCGCCGCCGUCGCCGCGGCCAAGCGAGGAGCGGGUGGGGCUGGCGCCGCCGGGGGGCUGCUGAUGGGGAAGUACGAGCUGGGGCGCCUCCUGGGGCACGGCACCUUCGCGAAGGUGUACUACGCGCGGCACGUCGGCACGGGGGACAACGUUGCCAUCAAGGUGCUCGACAAGGAGAAGGCCGUGAAGAGCGGGCUCGUCCCGCACAUCAAGCGCGAGAUCGCCGUGCUACGCCGCGUGCGCCACCCGAACAUCGUGCACCUGUUCGAGUUCCGUCCCGACGGCCUGCUCCACACCUUCUGCGGCACGCCGGCCUAUGUGGCACCCGAAGUGCUCGGCCGCCGCGGGUACGACGGCGCCAAGGCCGACGUGUGGUCGUGCGGUGUCAUCCUCUUUGUGCUCAUGGCCGGGUAUCUCCCUUUCCAUGACAAGAACAUCAUGGCCAUGUACAAGAAGAUUUACAAGGGCGAGUUCCGCUGUGCGAGGUGGUUCUCCAAAGACCUUACCAGCUUGCUGACGCGCAUUCUUGACACUAACCCCAACACUCGGAUCACUUUGCCGGAGAUCAUGGAGUUGCGCUGGUUCAAGAAAGGAUUCAAGCCUGUCAAGUUCUAUAUCGAGGAUGACCAGCUGCAUAAUGUUAUAGAUGAUGAGGAUGGCCUGUUGGAUAUGGGACCUGCUGGUCCUGUUCCUCCACCAUUGCCACCUCCACCACCGCCUCUACCUCCGCCAAAGGUUGAUGAUGAUGAAUCAGGGUCGGACUCAGACUCGUCAAUCUCAUCCUGCCCUGCUUCAGUGUUAUCUAAUGAGAGCCAAAGGCCCCGUGGCUCGCUCCCACGUCCAGCAAGCCUUAAUGCGUUCGAUAUCAUAUCAUUCUCAAGGGGAUUUAACUUAUCAGGGUUAUUUGAGGAGAAAGGGGAUGAAGUGAGGUUCAUCUCGGCUGAGCCCAUGUUGGAUAUCAUAACGAAAUUGGAGGACAUUGCAAAGCUGAAGAGUUUCAAGUUGCGGAGGAAGGACUGGCGGAUCUGCCUGGAGGGUACAAGGGAAGGAGUUAAGGGGCCAUUAACAAUUGGCGCGGAGAUAUUUGAACUCACACCUCCCCUUGUAAUGGUGGAGGUAAAAAAGAAGGCAGGGGAUAAUGAAGAGUACGAGGACUUCUGCAACAAGGAAUUGAAGCCAGGGAUGCAGCACCUUGUCCACCAUAUGGUCCGAGCUCCAAGUUUUGAACUUAACAACAGCACUUCGCACGGAGCUACUGGUAACAGGAGUGACUCGGAGCGGCAUGAGGCUAGAGACGCAAUUGAGCACAGCACAGCUGACCAGAAGAGAUCGUAG